CCGGACGAAAUGAACGAAUUUGAAAGAUUUCGUAAAAUCGGCUAUAUAUUUGCCUCUGUGUGCAGUGGACUGUCAAUUUUGGAACUCGUAAAGGGACUUUCGGCACUAGGAGGAGACAGCGAUUUCAUGCCAUUCCUUGAACUAUUAGUUGCAGCGUUAUGUUUAUUUUUUUGUACAGUCUUGGUCAUCGGAAUAAGAUUUCUGCUGGUACGAUGUGUCAAUGUUUGUCGGAUAUUUUUCAUCGUGCUGAAUAUUCUUAUGAUCCUCUAUACCGUGAUCGAUCAUCUAGCAAUGUUGAUGUUUCAAAGACGACGGGAAAAAGGAAUGGUUGCACUAUUUGUAGCAACUUUGCUAUUGAUUGUUGUUUUCAUCGUCCAGCUCUGGAUUUUAAGGGGAGUUCAUAAAUACGUUUCCAGCGAGAUCAAGCUUAAACUGGACCAGAAGAAGGAAAAAGUUGUAGAAAGUAAUAGCGAUUCAGCGGAAGUACAAACUGAAAAUAAGAUAUCUCCAGAUGAAGUGUAGCUAUUGAGAUGAAGCAUUUUACUCACAAUUUUCUUAUAUUUGACCAGAGUUUGCCAGAUCGUAUAGCCAAACACUACAGUAUUUAUUAACUCAGCAAUAUCAAGUAACUCGUU